UAUUUAGGUAAACACCAUUUGAUUGUCAUUUUGAUGUUGAAAGUUCAAACAUUAUUUUCCCAUCCAAUAUACACGUUUCCCCCUCAAUAAAUGCAACUUCUUGCAUGGCAAACUUCAACAAAAAUUCUUUAGCUAUGGCCAACCUCCUAAAGAACAUAGUUCCUAGUAAAAUCACCCUACUGUCUAGUAAUUUGUUUCUCCUUCAUCUUUUGUUGUUCCCUCUAGAGGUUAACAGCUUGUAUGAUAUUUUAGCAGUGAAUUGUGGCCACUUCAACGAUACUAUCUUUGAAAAUCGAACAUGGGUUGGGGACAGGGAUAACACCAAAUUAUUCUCUAUCAUUGAACCACAAACCGAACUCCCGUCUUUCAAAGCCAAAGCUAAUCCUAACUCUGAUGCUGUUAAGCGAAUUCCCUUCGCCUCUGCACGUAUUUCUUUUUCGAAUUUCACAUUCUCCUUUUCUUCCAUCACCAAUGGCCCUAUUUUUCUUCGCCUCUAUUUUUAUCCAACAUCGUAUUCGUAUCAACACAUUGAAACCUCCAACGCCCUCUUCACAGUCAAAGUAGGAACCAACCUUACCCUUCUCAAAGACUUUAAUCCCUCGCUUUGGCUUUCAAACGAUAGCAAGACAAUCACCAAAGAAUAUUGCAUACAAAUUGCUCCAAAUGAGAAGCUAAACAUAACUUUCAUUCCCAAAAAUACAAACACAAACCAAUUAAAUGGUUUAGCUUUCAUCAACGGAAUUGAGAUUGUGUCUAUGCCUUCUUUUCUCUAUUACACUAAUCUCAGUGACACGAACUACCAUUUAAAGAUACUUGAUUUUGACAGCGGUGAAUACCAGAUUCUUAACAACAAAGCUAUGGAAACAGUUUAUAGAGUCAACGCUGGUGAAAAUCAAGUUCCACCAAAUUAUGAUACAGGUAUGUUUCGCAAUUGGGACAAUGAUUUUCCUCGUUACUUGGAGAAAGAAUAUCCACUUAGUGUAUCAAGUUAUUUUGGACAUCAUCUAAACUAUUUAAACAAUACCAUUUCAAAUUACACUGCACCAGAAGCUGUUUACUUAACUGCGAGAAGUUAUGGAAUGGAUGCAACAAAGGAUUACAAUGUAACUUGGAAUUUUGAAGUUGAUUCUUCUUUUACUUAUAUGGUAAGAUUACAUUUUUGUGAGUUUGAAAUGACGAUAAGAGAUCAAGGUGAUAGAGUCUUUCAGAUUUUCAUAGCUAACAUUCUAGCUGAGGAAAAAGCUGAUGUGAUAAGGUGGAGUGGUGCUCGUAUGGUUCCUACUCAUAAGGAUUAUGUUGUGCUUAUGUACUCUCAAGAAGGAAGCUCUCAAAUUGAAAGAGUUAAUCUUUCAAUCAAGCUUCGACGAGCACCAGAAACUAUACACACAAUAUAUCGUGAUGUCCUGCUGAAUGGAAUUGAGAUUUUCAAAAUAAGUGAUAAAACUAAUCUUGCAGGGCAAAUUUCAAAAUUCAUUGGUCUAUCUCCCCGGCAUCAAGAAUUUUCAACCCAGUCGUCAAAAAAAAUUAAGAUCACCACAGCUUUUGUUGUUGUUAUUGCAAUUUCAGGCCUCACGCUAACAAUUGUUGUGGGUAUCACUAUUUUUUGGCUAAGGAGAAGGUUACACAAUGCCAUGGCAGAUAAUUCGUGUAAGACAAAGAACAUAGAGUUAUUAUCUCUGCAGCCGCAUUUGUGUCGCUACUUUACAAUCGCGGAGAUCAAAGCAGCCACAAACAACUUUGACAAUGAUUUCAUCAUCGGAUUUGGAGGGUUUGGGAACGUGUACAAAGGUUGUGUCGAUGGAUCCACACCUGUUGCGAUAAAACGCCUCAAAUCAGGCUCUCAACAAGGUGCCAACGAGUUCAUGAACGAAAUCGAGUUGCUCUCCCAGCUUCGCCACAUUCACUUGGUGUCCCUUGUAGGAUAUUGCAAUGACAACACAGAGAUGAUUCUGGUUUAUGAGUUCAUGCAGCACGGUACUCUCUGCGAGUAUCUGUAUGGUUCCAAUAAUCAGCCCCUACCAUGGAAGCAGAGGCUUGAGAUCCUAUUGGGUGCAGCGAGAGGGCUGAAUUAUCUUCAUUCUGAGGUGAAGCACAAGAUAAUACAUCGUGACGUAAAGAGCACCAACAUACUGUUGGAUGAGAAAUGGGUAGCUAAGGUUUCUGAUUUCGGGUUAUCCAAGGUGGGACCUACAGGAAUAACGACUACCCAUGUCAGCACGAUGGUGAAGGGGAGCCUUGGAUAUUUGGAUCCCGAAUACUAUAUGCUCCAAAGGCUAACUCUAAAAUCUGACGUGUACUCGUUUGGUGUGGUGCUUCUUGAGGUGUUGUGUGCUAGACCACCUUUGGUUCGUGAUUUGGAUAAGAAUACAGCUAGUCUAGUUUGUUGGUUUCAAAAAUGCCAUAAUGAAGGUGUGGCGAUUGAACAAAUAGUCGAUCCAUUCUUAAGGGAUUCUAUCACAGUUGAGUGCUUGAAAUAUUAUUGCAAGUUGGCGUUAAGUUGCUUGCAUGAUGAUGGGACUCAACGACCCUCAAUGAGUCAAGUGGUUGGGGGUUUAGAGUUUGCAUUGCAAUUGGUAGUGAGUGAAGAAGAUAGCCAAUUUGGUAUGACCCAAAAAGAUAGGACAUAUAUGAGUGAUGAAUGGAGUGACCUGCAUUUUAUGAGAUCGCACACCUACAAGGAGAGCACAGUCUCAGCGAGGCUAGGUACUCGAGAACAGCCUUUCUCUGGGAUUGGGAAUCAAAGAACACGGUCGUAUUCAUGCCAAAACUUCAAAAUUUAUAUUUAGCGGUUACAUGGAACACUCUUUUAUACAUGCAAGUAUAGUGUAAACAUGUAUAAUGUAAAACGAAAUAAUUUUUGCACAGCAUAAAAGAUGUUGUUUGAUCA